UCUCUACUUUACAAAUGGAGAAGAAAGGCGUACUAAUGACCUCCCCAAUGUCCUCCUACUUAGAACACGAACUCAAUUCCCGCUUCACCCUCUUCAAAAUCUGGGAAAAACCUUGCUCAACCCCACAAUUUCUCAAACAAAACUCAAACUCAAUCCACGCAAUUGUAAGCAAUGCAGCAAACGGUGCCAAUGCUGAAGUGAUCGAAUUCCUCCCCAAUUUAGAGAUUGUCGCAAGCUACAGUGUUGGGGUUGAUAAAAUAGAUCUGGGUUUGUGUAAAAAGAGAGAAAUUAAGGUUACUAAUACUCCUGAUGUUCUUACUGAUGAUGUUGCUGAUUUAGCUAUUGGGUUGAUUUUGAGUACUCUUCGAAGGGUUUGCGUUGCUGAUGCUUUUGUCAGAAAUGGGUGUUGGAAGAAUUCUGCUUUUCCUCUGUCUACUAAGUUCACUGGUAAAUCAGUGGGAAUUCUUGGAUUGGGCAGGAUUGGCUCUGCUAUUGCAAAGAGAGCAGGAGCAUUUGGAUGCCAAGUUAGUUACUGCUCCAGGUCUAAGAAACCUGAUGUGCAGUACAAAUACUAUGAAAAGGUUAUUGACUUGGCAGCUAACUGUGAAAUCCUUGUCGUUUCAUGCUCCCUAACUGAAGAAACCCGUCAUAUCAUCAACCGUGAUGUCAUUGAUGCACUGGGUCCAAAGAGUAUCCUCAUAAACAUUGGAAGAGGUGCUCAUGUUGUUGAAGCUGAGCUUGUAUCUGCUCUGCUUGAAGGUAGAUUAGGUGGUGCAGGGCUUGAUGUGUUUGAGAAUGAGCCAAACGUUCCUGAAGAACUGUUGAAGCUUGAUAACGUGGUGAUGUUAUCUCAUGUUGGAAGUGACACUGUUGAAACUUGCAAGGCCAUGGCUGAUCUCGUGAUCAGAAAUCUGGAGGCACAUUUCCGAAAAGAGCCAUUGUUGACUCCAGUUAUUUAACAUUAUCUGAAGGCAUGGAAGACUUUGGAUCAUUGAGAUCAACACAAUCUGUUUUAUCGCCGCAUUAGCUAUGAAAAGGCUCUGCUCGCCUGAGAUUCUGGUAAUUCUCUGAUUUUUCACUGAGAUGCCUCAUAUUGCUUGAGCUUUCUCUCAUCUUUGCAGUAAUCUGAGGCGAUGAAAGGCAUCAUUGAUUUUCAUACAUACACACAUGAUCUGCCUUUUUUUUAACAUAAAAUUUUCAUUUACCAUAUCACAGUUUUUUUGCAAUCUCCUUUAGUUUAAGAUUUAGCUUCUUGUCUAAACCUCUUAGAUAGUCAAAUGACAAAUUGUUGAUCUGAUUCUGGAUGUACAAAGUUGCAACAAAACUUCAUUUUUCAGUGAUUCAACUUUGUUAUCCUUAAAACUAAUGCAAGUAGUAAUUUUAUCAUCCGUUUCACAGUCUGUUAUGUACUAGCACUUCUGAUGGAGACACCGAGAAGAUCGAACCAUUAUAAGCUAGGCAGAACCGCAGCAAACUGUGGAUGUUAUGUUCUAAAACCUAAAAUUAGUGAACUAUUGUUAAUCUAAAGUAAAAGCACCAUUGAUAUCAAGUCUCGGUUAGUUGUGUAAUUGUUAGGCAAUUAGCCAGAUUCGUUGGACUGAAAUAAGUAAAUAACGAGAGGGUUAGUCAGUUAGCCAGACUUGACGGAUUGGAAUAACUAGUUGACAACCCUUUGACAUGAUGAUGUGAGUUUAAGGCCAUUUCCUGCACCUCCAUAUCACCCGCUUUAUUAUCUUCUGCAUCACAGAAUAUGCAUGUAUGGGUAGGUUGCUCACCUCAUCCUUAAGACUAGCUAAAACAUUAGGUGGCUCACCUUAUCCAUGAAUUAGCAUCUUAGAGCACAUGUAUUUUGUUUAGUUUAACUGUAAAAAUUACUCGAUAAUAGGCCUUACUUUUUUGGGGUUUUGGAAGAUGCACUGAACCAACUGAUUAAUAGAACUUAAUUAUGUUAAUUUGGCAUGAUUUAAUAAUCAUUUAUGUGUAUAGUGGAUGAAUAAGUGAUUCUUGAUUCAAUUUUUUUAGGCACGUCAAUGUCAAUGUGUAGGGGUCUAUCUCUUUUUGUUCGUUUUAUAAAGUUGGAGAACAUGUAUUGGCUCUUUUAUAAAUUAGAAUUUGGAGGAAGGUUCCAGCACUAUGGACUUACGACCUCUAUACACUCUCCGUCCUAAAAUGAUACUCGUAUAAUGAAGUAAUAUCUUGUAAUGUUCGGAAAAAUUUGCUAUGAAUGUAUCUAAUUAGAGAUGAUAAUGGUGAGGGUAGAUGCAUGACACUUGAGGCUUGAACGCACCCCAGGAUUUUAUCCAAUUGAAUGAGUCAUUUAAAGUAGUACUCCCAUUUCUUAAAAUUUCAUCAAUACAAUAUAAUCACCAUUAUCUAUCCAAAUUAGAAAAAGAAGACUCCCACACGCUUAGAUUUCUUAAAUUUAUAAGAAAUCUCAAUCUUAACG